GUCCAGACCUUAUCCACCAACCUCCCCGACGACUGGCCGCGAGCUCCCUCCCCCAGUCCCCUCUCGGAUUCUCCAAACACCAGCUGCUCCUCUCCGCCAGCGUCGCUCACGCUGCCUGCCCCUCCGCUCCCAGGAAGACGCGCGAGCGCCCCGCGCCCGGGAGCACUCGCUAAAGAUGGCGCCCGCCUUCGCCGCCGCACCUUCCUCCUCCGUAUGCGUCGUUCGCAUCCCUACAGCGUGCCGUUUCGAAGCGCAGAGCACGGUUCCCACGGCCAGGUUUCUGCGUAAUCGGGUGGCAGCUAAAACACGGUCUUCUGCUGCAUGGUCCUUGAAGGCUGGCUUGUGGGAUUCUCUCAGAUCCGGCUUUUUGAAAAAUAAUAACAGUACCGAGACAGUAGAGCCACCACCAGCACCACUUGAAGUCGAAGAACCUUUGCCUGAGGAAUUAGUACUUCUGGAAAGGACACUACCUGAUGGUAGCACAGAACAGAUUUUAUUUUCUUCAGCUGGAGAUGUUGAUGUAUAUGACCUCCAAGCCUUAUGUGAUAAGGUAGGAUGGCCACGCAGACCUCUAUCAAAAAUAGCAGCAUCCUUAAGAAACAGCUACUUGGUUGCUACGCUACAUUCAAUAAUUAAGUCUUCAGAAACAGAGGGAGAAGAGAAGAAACAGCUGGUUGGGAUGGCACGAGCAACUUCAGACCAUGCCUUCAAUGCUACAAUUUGGGAUGUCCUGAUUGAUCCUUCAUAUCAGGGUCAAGGUCUUGGUAAAGCACUUAUGGAGAAAGUAAUUCGUACUUUGCUCCAGAGAGACAUCAACAACAUUACAUUGUUUGCAGAUAAUAAAGUUGUAGAUUUCUACAAGAACUUGGGAUUUGAAGCUGAUCCUCAAGGCAUCAAGGGCAUGUUCUGGUAUCCCAGAUUUUAGCGCCAGCAGCCAGAUAGAUUGUACCUGAAGUUUCUCCCAUUCCGAAAGGGUAAUGCCAGGUCAGAGUUGACAUGCCUCAGGGCUCCAAGCCCGGAUGGAUCGUCCUUAACAUUUCAUCCUGGUGACAAACAACAAUUUUCUCCAAUGCUAAAAUGAUCAGGCUGUCGGCUCAAGGUCAACUCACCACUUGUAACCAUAACUGCAGCAAAACACGCUACUGUAGCAACCAGGUUUCAUGCACUGCACUCUGGGCUCUGUCCAUCUGUAUGUAGCAUUCUCUACACUCGGAACGAAAUACUGUAUCCAUCCAUCAGUUGUCCAUGUGCACACCAUCAUGCUGUACUGUAUGCGGGAAAGAAAUUGCUUUCUAUCAACUAUCAAGUAUCAACAUCGAAUUGCUGUA